GAGACUGUUUACAUAUUUACACAAUGUAUGCAACUCGUUUACGCUAGGGUAAGUUGAAAACAAAAAUAAACCAGUAGUAACGGUCAAUUCAAAAAUUAUGCCACUUGUUCAAAAUCAGAUUAGUGCGCGUGACCUGUAGCGUGUGUUAUACAACAUUAUCUUGUCUAAUAUUCAAAGUUAACAGUGUAGUAACUUCAGGCAUCCACGCUAGGUGGUGAUACUGAUGCGAACAAAUUUCGGAACCAUGUUUUGAAUUGGACUUGGCUCCAUAUGCAUCUAGUGUGGUGUGGAAGCUUUGCUGGUUAGAGAUCGCAGCAAUCGUCGUCGUGAACAUCGAGAGUGAGUGAAUUACGUGAACGUGUCUCGUGAACAGCGGAGCCGUACGGUCGUCCUUCGCAGAGCCAAGUAGGCUGUGGGAAACCGACAGUCGAGUCGAGUCUGGUGCGUGAUUAGAAGAAGAUCCCUCGUCUUAGCGUCGUCGCCGCCGCGAGAGUUCAGCGGUUGACAGUUGUCUACGAACUACGUCUCCUCAAGGCCUACUUCGCGUGCGGCGCGCGGAGAAAACACGUACCACUUUUUGGCCACAUUCUUGCAGUCUCGUCACACAUCCAAGUCGGCGUCGGCUCCUGUGUGUACUAUGAUCGUUCUAAAUUCAGACAGAAUCCUCCCAGCCCACGUUGACCGGAACUAGGCGAAUAUGCCGGUAAUAUCAGCGUACUCGAGCAGCAGUAGUUACAUCUCUCCGUCGUCGUACCGCUACAAGUCGAGCCUGUCCGACCGGCGGAGUUACGCGACAAGUAUCACCAGCAGCAGCAGCGGCACCACAGGCAGCAGCUUCUACCGGCGGAGUUCGUACCGCUAUGAUCUGCCGUCCUCGUCGUCGGCCUACUCAUCGUCGUCGUCGUACCGCAGUACCGCAGCGAGCGAUCGUGCCGCUGACACUGAACUGUCAAACUCGUUGUCAACGCUAGCGACGUCCAGUGCGGCAGAAGUUGGAAGCUCCGCGAGUAACGGAAGCAGCAAGGAAGCGUCGAGACCAAGCCGGUACUCGUCGGCGUACGGAACAUACGGGAGCCGGAUUAGUUCGAGGUCGUCGGACGGUGGGAGGUCGUCGCUGAAGGACCGGGAAAACAAUUGUUAUUGUGCCGUUGGAGGGGCGGGAUCGUCGUCCAGCUACGCGUCUGGUUUGAGAAAUACGGCGCUGAGCGGUGCCGACAUCUACCAGAAGUACAGCGUGUCUACGUUCAGCAGCAGGCCGAGCAUCUACGAGCGGAUAGCGGCUUCGCGACCGGUGGAGAAGCCGCAGCCGGUUGUGAGCAUUGCGUCAGCUUCCGCGGCGUUGGACAGCUCCAAGGUAAAGACCAUUCCCGCUAAAGAUAGAAAUAGUAACUGCAUCAACGUCAGCGCCCAGAACAAUAACCCUACUAACACCAUCAAUGGCACCAAUACUCUCACAAACACUAGCAGCAGUGUUGUUAAUCCAUUACUAGACGCUACUAACAGUAGUCCGUCUGCGGCUGGCAGCAGUAGCAAACCCGGCGUCAAACCGGCUAGCGCAUCGACGGCAGCAUGCUUCAGCAGUGUCCGCUCCGAGACUUGUGCCGCUAGCAGUUGCAAUACAAUAACUCACACUACCACUACCACCACUACAACCACAACACCCCUGUCAUCAUCGUCAUCAUCUUCGGCGCUGCACGACUCCACCGCAGGACGGGUCCGACGGACCGCCGCCACAUUCCAGCCGCUGGCCAAGCUGCUCCGACCGCCGGCCGUACCGCCCAAACUGUCCACGUACCGCAACCAGAACUUUCUCAAGCACGAGUGCGACCUGGUCAAGCGCGAACUGAGCAAAAGUGCCACAGAGCUAGCAUUCCGGAAGACGACGACGACGACUUCGUCAGUUACAGCGGCACCACUGCCGCCCAAGGUCAAGCAGUUCCUACCGCCGGUACGGCUGCCGCAGCCCAAAGAUCAUGAGGAUGAUGACAAGCAGCAAUCGCAUCACCAUUCUCACCCCAAACCACACCACCACCACCACUACAAUGGCCACCAGUUGACGGCCACCACAAGCAUUCCACACCAAACUCCAUCGCCGUUGCCGUCCACCGCCACCGGUGCCGCUGUACAAAACAACGCCGCAGCCGAACUAAAACCAAUAGACAAUAGACAACCGGCGUGCGCUUCUACUUCUUCAGCGAACUGUUUCGAACCUGUUACUCAAAAAAAUGAUACCUUUCUUUUCAAACCAUCAACCUCAUGCUCGACAACAACAACUACAACUACAAAACCGACCACAAUGGCUUCAGAGUCGCUAACAUCAACAAUCGCUUCCUAUCAACCACCAAGUUCAGCAUCAACCCGUACCGAAUCUUGUACUUAUCCAACUCCAACCAAUUCUCGUUCCGCCGUCGCCGCCUCCGCCAUGAAAUCGCUGCACAUCACCUCCGAACUGGAGGAAUCCAUCACGCAGGCCACGAUCAAGCUGCGCCCGUCGCUGAACGGAACGGCGCCGCCGCUCACGAAUGGUGGCGGCACGUCCACGACGGCCAAGUUCAUAGCGACGGCCACGCCGGCGGCCGCCCCCGCAGAAGAUCUGCACGUAACGGCCACGAUCCGACUCAAACCAAAGCCUAGCAUAAGUCAGCACAACAGCACAAGUAGUAGUAGCAAUAACAAUAACAACGGAAUCGACGCUGGUGGAACUAGCAGCAGCAGCGGCAGCGGAAACAGUAGUAGUGACGAGCAAGACGCACGCUACCGGAACGGAAACGGUGCCAAAAACAAUGGCAACAAUAACAAUAACGAGGAGGAUGGAGGGCAGUCGGAGUCGGACGAUGCCGAGGACGAUAAGCAAGAGGUAGACAAAGAUUCGAAGCGGCAGCCUGCGGCCGCCGACGAAGAGAAAGGUUCUUACCUCCGGGCCGGAACCGCCUCCAAGAGCAUCCACUCGACCAGCCCGGUCGGAUAUCGCAGCGGGCGCGACUGGGACUCGGGCAUCACCUCCACCAGUUCCACCAACAACGGCACCAGCAGCAGCGGAUACCGGUCCGGACUCAAGUCCGGCUAUGGCCAGGAGGAGGACUCACCGAGGAGCGGCGGCAGCCGGAAGGAGGGGCUGUGCGGCUUGUGGAACAUUGGCAACACGUGCUUUAUGAACUCUGUGAUACAGUGCCUGAGUCACACCCGGGAGUUGACCAACUACCUGCGGAACCAACCCACGACGGAGCGAGGCACCAGCAAGGACCACAAGAUUCUGGCCGAGUACACCAAGCUGAUCAAAGACAUGUGGAGCGGCACGACGCGCAGCGUCAACCCGUCCGAGAUGAAGAACGCCUUUUCGAGCAAGCACCGCAUGUACUCGGGGUCGGCCCAGCAGGACGCGCAGGAGUUUCUGCGCUUCUUCAUCGACUCGCUGCACGGCGGGCUGAACGUGUCCGUCAAGCGGGAGCCCAUCUCGAAGGAGAUCGAGGACGACGAUAUGCCGAAUCGCGUCAAAUCAGCCAUGAUGUGGGACUGGUACUCACGGGUGGAGAACUCCAUGAUUAAGGACCUGUUUGUGGGAAUGCUGCGCAGUACGCUGCGGUGCUCGGCCUGUAACAACGCCAGCGUCACGUUCGAUCCGUUCUGGGAUCUGAGUCUACCCCUUCCGUCGACGAAUUCGCGCGGCAAACUGCUCGACUGCAUGGACGAGUUCGUGCGCGAGGAGGUCAUGGACGGGCUGGACCAGGUGUACUGCUCCAAGUGCAAGGCCCGCCGGCGGUGCACCAAGAGCAUGGCGAUCGAGCGGUUCCCCAAAUACCUGGUGAUACACCUGAAACGCUUCUCGGAAACGCGGUGGAGCAAACUGACCAACGUCAUCGAGUUCCCCACGGGUGAGCGGGAGCUGAACCUGCAACAGUACGCGUCCGAGGACCACCAGGGACCGGUCAAUUACUCGCUGUACGGGAUUUCGAACCAUAUGGGAUCUACCGCCGGUGGUCACUACAUCGCUGUUUGCAAGCAUCCGAUCAGCAAGGAAUGGAACGAAUUCAACGAUAACUUCGUUAGCGAAACUUCCGAACGCAGUCUGGUGACAUCUAGUGCCUACGUGUUAUUCUACGAGCGAGCGUAAACACCAAAAAAAACACAAAUUAAGAAGACGAAAAUGAGAAAAAGAAACUUAAGAAUGAUGCGAAUUGAAUUGAGACAAAACUAAUUACGAGAGAGAAAGAAAAAAAAACAAUUAACACAGACAGAAACAACAUUAACAAUUAAAAAACUAGACUAAUUAAGAGAACGAGAGAGCAAGAGGUUCUCGAGGUGGCUUUAAAAACGAGAUAAACAAAAUGGUUAACACAAGUGCGACGACACGAAACACACACAGAGAAAAAAAACACUAGAUUUGUAAUAUUUAUUUUCCUAUUUAUUGAACAACAAAUGAGCAAAGCAAAACUAAUAUUUAUAUAAAAGCGAGAGCGCGAGUGUCGGGGAGUAACGAGAAGCUAAGAUUGUGACCAAAAUUUUAAUUGUUGACCAUUUUUUUCACCUUAACCAGGCUUUCUGUUCAAUCCCGGUUUAACCUCACUGCAUCGUGUUAAAGCUGUAACUCAAAAACUGUGUAGGAUUUUAUAUUAAUUUAUUUUGUACAUUUUAAAACUAUUUAUUAUUUUCCGAAAAGAAAAAACCAAACAGACGAAGAGAAAAGAUACGAGAACUGGACGGAACCUCCACUCUAGAGACUACGAGUAAAAGCAAACCUCUCCCUCCCCCCUGUUUUAGGUGCGCAAGGUUAAAAUCUCAAACCAAGCGCAGUUUGACAGGAAAAAAACAAAUGUGUAAACAACAGUGUUUCCGAUCCCACUUAAUCAUUGUUGCGUUGUGUUGAAAAUAAAGUUAAAAAUCUAGA